AAUAAGCUCUAUCUGAAGAAGCCGAUAAGAUCCACUCCACCGCUUCCCCUCCCCUCUCCCACUCUUCUUCUUCUUCUUCUUCCUCCUCCUCUUCCUUUGAUGGAAGCAAUCGGGUCUCAAUCCAUCCUCUCUUUCUCCUCCAAUCUCUGCAAAAGGAAAGUACCUCUCAGUUCACAUGCGUACUGCGUUAAGUUUAAGAGCAAUCAAAGAUUGGAGAUAGUUUGUCGGGGCAUGUUAGCGCCUCGAAAGUUCCUGCGAAGGAGAAAGAAAGAGGAGGUCUUUAAGGAUGCCGCUGAUGAAGCUGAGCAGAAGAGCUGGAGAAAGAUGAUGAAAGAGAUCGAAGAGUCGGGCUCCGCCGUGUCAAUUCUGAGGACGCAAAGAAGCAGGAGGGAAUCACUUCCAAGAGAUCUUGUUCUCGGUACGCUCGUGAGAUUUAAGCAGCUAAAGAAAUGGAAUCUUGUUAGUGAGAUUCUUGAAUGGCUUAGAACACAACACUGGUGGGACUUUAGUGAGAUGGAUUUUCUAAUGCUUAUCACAGCUUAUGGUAAGCUCGGUGAUUUCAAUAGGGCGGAAAGGGUGUUAAAAUAUAUGGGUAAGAAGGGUUACCCACCAAGUGUCAUAUCUCACACUGCUUUGAUGGAAGCGUAUGGAAGGUCUAGGCAAUACAGCAAAGCUGAAGCCAUAUUUCGAAGGAUGCAGUCAUUGGGUCCUGAACCUUCACCAUUGACAUACCAAAUCAUCCUAAAAACUUUUGUUGAGGGCGACAAAUUCAAGGAAGCUGAAGCAGUUUUUCAAAGCCUUCUGAAUGACGAAAGAUCUUCUUUUAAGCCGGAUCAGAAGAUGUUUCAUAUGAUGAUAUACAUGUACAAGAAAGCAGGCAACUUUGAUCAAGCUCGAAAAUUAUUUAGACAGAUGGCUGAGAGCGGAAUACCGCGAUCAACUGUGACAUUUAAUAGCCUCAUGUCUUUUGAAACAGAUUACAAGGAGGUCUCAAAAAUAUAUGACCAGAUGCAAAGAGCUGGACUUAAACCAGAUGUUGUGAGCUACGCACUGCUCAUUAGUGCUUAUGGGAAAGCAAGGAGAGAAGACGAAGCAUUAGCAGUUUUUGAAGAGAUGCUUGAUGCUGGAGUCAGGCCAACUCGCAAAGCAUAUAACAUCUUGCUUGAUGCCUUUGCUAUAUCUGGAAUGAUGGAGGAAGCUCGGACUGUUUUCAAGAGUAUGAGAAGAGACAGGUGUGAACCUGACCUCUGUUCUUACGCGACCAUGCUAUCUGCAUAUGUCAAUGCAUCUGAUAUGGAUCAGGCGGAGAAAUUCUUCCGUCGAAUUAAAGAAGACGGAUUGAAACCGAACACUAUCGUUUAUGGAACUCUGAUGAAAGGGUAUGCGAAGUUGAAUAAUCUUGAGAAGGUGAUGCGGGUCUAUGAGAGAAUGCGAGUUCAAGGUGUUGAACCGAACCAAACCAUAUUCACUACAAUAAUGGAUGCUCAUGGUAAGAAUGCAGAUUUUGGGAGCGCCAUUGUAUGGUUUAAGGAGAUGAGCGCUCGUGGAUUCCCACCUGACCAAAAGGCAAAGAACAUCCUUCUCUCUCUAGCUAAGACUGAAGAGGAAAAACACGAAGCCAAUGAGCUAGUGGGAAAUAAUGCAGAUCAAAUAGAAGCGAAAUUUGAUGAGUUUACGAAGUUUGAGAAUGAUGAUGAUGUUGAUGAUGAGCACGAAGACGAAUUAAGUGAUGGAGAAACGGAAGAUUUGGAGGUCCAACAAGUUGCUAGUGAUUUUGAAUCUGGCUUCAGCUAUGAUGAUGAUGAUGAGGAUGAUGAUGUCGAUGAUGAUGAUGAUGAUGAUCAUGCAGGAGAGUUGAGCUUUGUUUCUACUAAAGAGAAACCGAAGCUAGUAAAUGUCAAUUGACGUCUAGAAUCUGGAGCUGUAAAUUUUUUAUGAGCUAUUUUAUGUACGAAUAUACAAAGGUAAAUUUCGAUAUCUUCUAAUAUUCUUGUUGGACAGUUGGUAAGUGCUUCUUUCUAGCCAUAAUGAAUGAUCUUAAAAAGCUAUUAUUUUCUUGUA